GCGAGGGCGAGGUCUCAGCUGACAAUGAUGACGCCGUUGAGUUUUCUGCUGAUGGCGAAGCAUUGGAAGACGAUGAGGAGUUGUUGGACGAGAAUCUCCCGGUGACCUUCCAAGGAGGACUCAAGGGAGAUGCUGGGGGACACCAUGCCUACAUCUUUCUGAGACGGAAAGAUGUUCCCCGAAACAUUGUCAUCACGCAUGAUGAGACGAGUGGGCCUUUGCUUCCACAUGAUAUGGACAUCAUUUGCUUUGUGAAGAAGAAUGCUUCUGAUUCACAGCUAUCUCAGGAAGCGGUACUGGCAAUGCCAUACCAAUUCAUGGAGGACAUCAUUGACCAAGCGCCAACUGUUGCCCGGCCUUUGAAGCUAGCAACCCGUGGAAAGCGGGCCAAGCGAGAAAAGUCACAGGCGCCUGUUUCUCGGGUUUUCAUCGUCAAACUGACCUUGGAGACGCAGGUAUUUGAUGAUGGGGAUGAGAUUUGCAUCCCGAAAGACAUCUUCAAUCCGUUUCAGCACGAGGACUCACAGGUGGAGCCGCGGCAUGUCCGAGCUUACUUGAAAGAGGUCAACCGGGACGAGUUCAAAAAACAAGGAAAUCUAAAACAGGUUAUCCGCAAUAGGCCCUUCAAAUUUGCCUGGGGCCUGAUCUUUUACGAACACACUGAUGGCACGUGGAAACAAAUUGAGAAGGGGCAUGAUUUCAACGGAAAACGGCACCUUGUCAAUGGAUGGAUCUACCCAGCUACUUGUGACAUUCGCACGCAUUGGGAGCAGGUUUCUGAGGACACAGCUCUGGGAGUUGUUCUGAGACUUGACGAGGACGUUCAUCAGGUUCCUAAGGGAAGCGGAUCUGCCGACACUGAGAAUCACGAGGAGGUCUCUGAGAACAUUGAGUCCAGCCCGGCAUGUGGCUUGCGUGUGGGCAACAGCGACAAGGCCAAGCCAGUUGCUCGGCCACUGCGCACAAAAAGGAAGGUCGUGAGUCGUGAAUGGUAG